CGCCACCAGGGAUGCAUCGCGGGCGCAGCGCAGCAGAAAAAUGGCUCCGACUCCGCGCGUCUUGUGGAUCUAUGCUUGUCUUUCCCUGCUUUUGCACGUCUUGUCGCCGGGCCAAGCCUUACGGAAUUACCCGGACAAUGAAGUCACGUUGCUGGACUCCAUGUCAGCCUUGGCCGACCUGGGCUGGGAGGCGUAUCCUAAUGAAGGGUGGGAGGAGAUCAGCGUGAUGGAUGAGCGCAACACCCCGAUGAGGACCUACCAGGUGUGCAACGUCAUGGAGGCCAACCAGAACAACUGGCUGCGGACGCGCCACAUCGGCCGGGAAGGAGCGCAGCGUGUCUACAUCGAGAUCAAGUUCACCCUGCGGGACUGCAACAGUCUGCCGGGGGUCCCCGGGACCUGCAAAGAGACAUUCAACAUGUACUACUACGAGUCCAACAACGCCAACUUGUGGUUCAUCAAGGAGAGCCAGUACGUGAAAAUCGACACCAUUGCUGCGGAUGAGAGCUUCACGCAGGUGGACGUCGGCGACCGUGUGAUGAAGCUCAACACAGAAGUUCGGGAUAUCAGCAACCUGAGUAAAAAAGGUUUCUACCUGGCCUUCCAGGACCUGGGCGCCUGUAUUGCUCUGGUCUCGGUCAGGGUCUUCUACAAAAAAUGCCCGGUCACCGUGCUUAACUUGGCCCAGUUCCCCGACACCAUAACUGGGGGGGACACGGCCCUGGUGGAGGUCCACGGUGCCUGCGUCAACGCUUCCGAGGAGUUUGAGGCUCCCAAGAUGUACUGCAGUGCAGACGGCGGCUGGCUGGUUCCCAUCGGGAGGUGCGUGUGCAAGCCGGGCUUCCAGGAGAACAAGGACUUCUGCCAACCUUGCAGACCAGGAACCUACAAGGCCUCGGCGAGCGACGCCUACUGCAGCAAGUGUCCUCUGCGCAGCUCCUCCCUGCAGGAACAGGCCACCCAGUGCGACUGCGAGAAAGGCUUCCACCGCGCCGACAGCGACCCGCGCUCCAUGGCCUGCACACGACCUCCGUCUGCUCCGGAGAACCCGAUCUCCGCCGUGAACGAGACCUGCGUCACCCUGGAGUGGUCGCCCCCCCGGGACGGCGGCGGACGCGGUGACAUCACCUACAGUCUGCACUGCAGGAAGUGCUCGGGCGAGGGCAAACAGUGCGUGCCGUGCGGCAGCAGCGUCCACUUUGUGCCUCGACAGUUCGGCCUCUCCUCGGCCGUGGUCGUCGUCACCGACCUUCAGCCCGACUCCAAUUACAGCUUCCUCAUCCAGAGCCAGAAUGGCGUGUCGGACUUAAGCCCCACCCCCAAAGGAACGGCGGUGAUCAACAUCACGACAUCACAGACAGUGAGCGUGGUGUUGAAGGAGAGGCGCAGCAAGGACAGCGUGACCUUGGCCUGGCAGGGUCCGCAGAGACCCAAAGGCGCCAUCGUGGAGUACGAGGUCAUCUACUACGAGAAGAACCAGCGGGAGCAGAACUACACCGUCUUGAAGACCCGCUCCAACAUGAUGACGGUGGACGGCCUCAAACCAGGCACCACCUACGUGUUCAGGGUGAGAGCCAAGACGGACGGCGGUUACGGCACCUACGGCGGGGAGAUCGAGCUGGAGACCAGCCAUGAAGACGUCUUUGCCGUCGGAGACCCCAACCAGUCCACCAUCGUGGCCGUGUCCAUCGCGGGGAGCAUCGUGCUGCUCAUCUUCCUGGUGGCGUGCUUCGUGGUCAGCGGAAGGCACUGUGGCUACAUCAAAGCCAAGCAGGACCCUGAUGAAGAGAAGAUGCAGUUCCAGCAUGGCCGAGUCAAGCUCCCCGGCAGCAGGAUCUACAUCCAUCCUCACACCUACGAAGACCCCAGCCAGGCCGUCAGGGACUUCGCCAAGGAGAUCGACGCCACUAAUAUACUCAUCGAGAGAGUCAUCGGCGCCGGGGAGUUCGGGGAGGUGUGCAGCGGGCGGCUCCGCGUGCAAGGCAAGCGCGAGAUCUACGUGGCCAUCAAGAGUCUGAAGGCGGGAUACUCCGACAAGCAGAGGCGGGACUUCCUGUCUGAGGCCUCCAUCAUGGGGCAGUUUGACCACCCCAACAUCAUCAGGCUGGAGGGCGUGGUCACCAAAUGUAAACCGGUGAUGAUCAUAACGGAGUUCAUGGAGAACGGAUCACUGGACACUUUCCUCAAGAAACACGACGGGCAGUUCACCGUCAUCCAGCUGGUGGGCAUGCUGCGCGGCAUCGCCUCGGGCAUGAAGUACCUGUCGGACAUGAGCUACGUCCACAGAGACCUCGCCGCGCGCAACAUCCUGGUCAACAGCAACCUGGUGUGUAAGGUGUCGGACUUUGGCCUCAGCCGGGUUCUGGAGGACGACCCCGAGGCUGCGUACACAACCAGGGGAGGAAAGAUUCCAAUCAGGUGGACGGCUCCGGAGGCCAUCGCCUACAGGAAGUUCACCUCCGCCAGCGACGUGUGGAGCUACGGCAUCGUCAUGUGGGAGGUCAUCUCCUACGGCGAGAGGCCCUACUGGGAGAUGUCCAACCAGGACGUGAUCAAAGCCAUAGACGAGGGCUACCGCCUCCCGGCGCCCAUGGACUGUCCGGUGGUGCUGCACCAGCUCAUGCUGGACUGCUGGGAGAAAGGACGCAGCGAGAGACCCAAGUUUGGCCAGAUCGUCACCAUCCUGGACAAGCUCAUCAGGAACCCUGCCAGCCUCCGAGAGCUGGCCAACAGCCCGGCGGGAGAGGAGCCCACCACUCCAGACUUCAGCGUGAGCACAGUGGACGAGUGGUUGGAAGCCAUCAAGAUGGGCCAAUAUAAGGAGAACUUUUCCAGUUCUGGAUACGUCAGCUUGGACUCCAUCCUCUACAUCAGUGUCAGUGAAUUGUCCAAAAUGGGCGUGACACUGGCCGGCCACCAGAAGAAGAUCUUGUCGGGCGUGCAGAGCCUGCAGACCCAGGGCACCCAGGUCCAAGUAUAACAGUCCAGGUCCGAGUAUAACAGUCCGCAUGCCGAGACCCGGCCAAGACAAAUGGACCAAUGGAUGCUCUGAGCUCGGACCCUCCCCGGGGGACAACAAGGACACCUGAAUCCUUCACGUUCUCGCACUGCUCUUCCCCCACCUUGACGGACAAACACCGGCUCCGAAGUCCCGGCAGCAAAACCACCAAAAGACGAUUGGAGGACUGACAAAAGCAUACCCAAAUCCCAUGACUGUCUGUGAGGUCUGAGGUCGGCCGUGUUGUCCUCUCGUUUCCCGAGUCCACCUUUGGGGAGGUACCUGUGUAGAUAUAUGUUCAUAGGGGCGGUGUCCCGCAGCCGGAGAGACGGACCUAAUGUUUGUAUUGCUCGGGAGGUUUCUGUGACGGUUUUCUACCUUCAGUAUCAGCGCUUUCUCAGUGAGACGCAGAAGGCCGAGCCGAGAGUUUGAAAGAAUGUUGGGGUGCGAGAGAACUGGACCUAAAGGUUUAUUGUGAAGGACACGGGCUUCUUCCUGAUGACACACUUCCAUCUUAGGAAAGUCAUUUUUCUUCCAUAACAGAAGCCUUUCCUCCUUAAAGAUAGCAAUAUUAUUUAGUAGGGGUGUAACGAUUGAUCAAUACUAGGGUUGUAUGGUAGUAGUAUGAAUCAAAAAUGGUACCAUACUCUGUUUGAAACGUACCAAUUCCCUGUAUUUAUUUUUUAACGGGCAUGACGGCGCGUUUUACGAGCAGAGGAGCAUGUUGGGCAGCGCACACACACAGAGUACUUACAAGCAGACACAGUGUGUAGACAGAAAAGGGAGAACGGACACUUUUUGGUGUAAAGAUAGUAAUAAAGGUGAAGUUAUAACACUGAAACACCCUCAUGAGGAGGUGCUUUAAGACAAAUAAAGUAUGUUUCUUGCAAGUAACUUUAUCACUGUAGGACGAGGAAUAGCUAAACAUGCUUCAUUUGAAGAAACUGAAGUAUUGAGUACCGUAUUUUCCGCACCAUAAGGCGCCCUGGGUUAAAAGCCGCGCCUUCAAUGAACGGCAUUUUUCAAAACUUUGUCCACCUAUAAGCCGCCCGGUGUUGUAAGCCGCAUCUAACUGCGCUAAAGGAAUGUCAAAAAAAACAGUCAGAUAGGUCAGUCAAACUUUAAUAAUAUGUUAAAAACCAGCGUUCUAACAACUCUGUUCACUCCCAAAAUAUACGCAAAUGUGCAAUCACAAACAUACGUAUAUCAACAUGGACGGAGCUGCGUGAAAAAAGCCACCCGGCCUCUUCGCGUAAACUUAAACUUACCUUAACCACUCGCUCAUCUUUUCUUCAUCCAUCCCUUCGAGUUAGCUUUUAUGAUGACGCCGGCUGGAAAGGUCUCUUUUGGCAAGGUCUUCCUUUUGAAUAUCACCAUGGGUGGAAGUUUCUGGCCAUUAGCAUGGCAAGCUAGAACCACAGUGAAGGAUGACUUCUCAUUCCCCUGUGGUGCGAAUAUUCACCGUACGUGCUCCCGUUGUAUCCACAGUGCGGUUCACAGGAAUAUCAGUUGCUGUGAAAUAGUAAUCCGUGUGCGGAUGGAGAGAUUGCGUCUUUUCAUGAACCGGAUCCCUGACGCUUAGUAGGAGCCAUUUUGUGGUCUUUACAGAUGUAAACACACAAAGGAAAUGAAACGUACGGUGAUAUCCGCGCGCUUUUUCUUCUUCUACGCGGGCGGGUGGUUGCUUACAGUAGAAGAAGAAGCGCUUCCUGUUCUAUGGGGGCGGGUGCUUACCUUGGCGGUUGCUUGCGUAGAAGAAGAAGCGCUUCCUGUUCUACCGGGAAAAAAGAUGGCGGCUGUUUACCGAAGUUGCGAGAUCGAAACUUUAUUAAAAUCCAUCCAUCCAUCCAUCCAUCCAUCCAUCCAUCCAUCUUCUUCCGCUUAUCCUAAGUCGGGUCGCGGGGGCAGCAGCCUAAGCAGGGAAGCCCAGACUUCCCUCUCCCCAGCCACUUCGUCCAGCUCCUCCCGGGGGAUCCCGAGGCGUUCCCAGGCCAGCCGGGAGACAUAGUCUUCCCAACGUGUCCUGGGUCUUCCUCGUGGCCUCCUACCGGUCGGACAUGCCCUAAACACCUCCUUAGGGAGGCGCUCGGGUGGCAUCCUGACC